CCUCACUACUGAUAUACUAUAUACAUAAUAGAAAACCUCGUUCUUUCCAGCAUUCCUCAAGGUGUUAGAUUAUCCCAUGAAUUAUAAAGGAAUAUUGGAAAUAGUAUUUAUGAAUUAUCAGUAACAUCAAUUGAUUUUUUUUUUGAAUAAAUUUUUAUACUUUUUACCGUUGUGUUUGGUUUCCCUCUGCAUUGAACUAACCAUGUCCAAAUCUGACGCAGUUUCUCGCUUGUUGGCAGAGAUUUCUGCUCAGCAAAGCCAAAAACAAGUUACUCCAGAACUUCCUUAUCCUACGUCUAGUGGCAUAAUAAACUUGAACGAUCCUAAUCCAUCAUUGGGAACAUUCGUCCGUCUUUAUGAUCCUACUUUCUCUUCCCAGAUCUAUCAAGACACCUCGACGGGGACCGCUCCUGUAAACCCGUCUGCCUAUCAUCCACCGAACCCAUCUGUCUCCUUAAAAACUUCGUAUUCGUUUCCUGUCAAAAGCUGCUAUGUGGGCAUGCUCAUUGGAAAACGCGGCGAAAAGCUCCAAAAAAUGGAGUCUGCCACAAAGACAAGAGUACAAUUUAUGCCUGAAACCACUUCCAAACCAGGCGAACGAACAGCUAUCAUUACCGGCCAAACCGAUAAUAUUGACAUGUGUCGUCGGGAAAUUUCGCAAAAAAUAAAGGAUUACCAAGAUGUACUUACAGCUACAGCAUUUCCGGCUUUAGCCUAUGCCGCUGGCGGCAAUCCAAAUCAAACAUAUGAGACUCCAGAUCCGUUUGUCAUUCCUGAACAUCACAUCGGGCUUGUUAUUGGAAAGGGCGGUGAGAAGAUCCGCGAUUUGCAGGAAACAACAGAUACAAAAAUUAUUAUUAACACUGAUACCGAUUUAAUGAAUCCAUUGCGUCCAGUUUCUUUCCAGGGAUCACCAGAACGUGUUUCUAGAGCCAAGUCGAUCAUUCAGGAUAUCGUGAUACAGGAACAACUGAAAAUCAACUCUCUUUCAACUACUUCCAAUCCGAACAAAGUGCACACGGAUGUAAUGGCAGUACCAAGAGAAUCCGCGGGGAUGAUUAUCGGUAGAGGCGGUGAGACCGUUCGUGAAAUUUAUGCCAAGACCAUGUGUCAAUUAAAAAUAUCCCCCGAUGGUGGUCCUUCAGUCCCUGAACGUGAAAUUACAUUUAUUGGAACUCCUUCUAGCGUUGAAUUGGCGAAAUGGGACGUUUUAGACAGGUUAGAGAGAGCUAGUGUUCCACUUCGACGCCUUGCUCAUCAACCCAUUCUUCCUACAGCAUCUUUACCUCAGACCAUACCGCCAACAAACAUUCCCGCGAUGCCCAUGCCUAUGCCGGAAACAUUCCCUGCUCCAUACGGAGAUUACGAAAAUUACAUGAAGUCAUGGCAACAGUAUCCUUCUAAUCCCAUGUAUCCCAAGUAAUAAAGAGCCGUCAGUGAACCUUUACUGUUACGGUCCAUGCGCUCAAGUCUGCUUUUCCUUUUUCAAGAUAACACUAUAAACUAUAUUACGGACAUUCAUGAUUUACAUAUGUUUUAUAAAAAAAGGAUCUCUACACGACACUAUUAACUUUUAUCGUCACGGAGAAUGGUCAACUUUAGAAUUUUAUAGUCUCCGUAUACCGCUUCCAUCGUUGCUUUCCAUGAUACAAGCAUUCAUAAACAUUGACGGUGACCCGGAAUAAUUCAAUAGACGAAGUUUACCUAUCUAUGAAUUGCUUCCAUUUCUUACUUAUUAUUUAACUAACUAAAUUGUUUUAUACUUUUUUCUGAA